GAGUAAACAAAUAAUUUCAACAAUCAAAUCUUCGUUUGUUCUUCUGAAAUUCACUUCACAAAAGUAAAAAAUGGUAAAAAACUAUAGGAAUUCACUCAUUCCAUCCAUAAUAUUACUAUUACUAAUAAUGAUACAGUCUAAAGAUUCAAACCACACUUAUGUACAUUUCACACUCUCCCGCACAGCAGAUCUUUUUGAGGACUUCUGCAAAGAUAAACUUCCCGAUGAUGACAUUUAUGUACCACCUCACAAUCAACCUAUAAAUCCAGAAGAUGAAGACGACGUGGUCCCCGAUCAACAUGCGGCAUUUGGUAUUCAGAGGGCAACUCAGAAGACAAAAGAACCAGCUUGGAAAGAUUUGGGAUUGGGGGAACUGAUGAAGAAAGGUCCUGGUCGGAAGACUGGGAAUGAAGGAGGAAGCUCUAAGGGGAUGAGAAGUCUUCCGAGGUGAAGAGUUGCGUACAUGAGUCUGGACUUGAAUGGUGUAUAGUAUAUUGGGAACUUAUGCUGAAGGAGUUUGGCAUGCAACAAUUAAUUGAGGGAUUCCGGGAUCGAGAGUUAAAAUGUCACUGGCUAGGAAAUGUGGGAUUUAUGGUGUUACAGGCACAUUCAUCUUCUAACGCCAGGGAUAUCAUCAUAUUGCGGGACACAUGUAUAGCACAGAGAA